GCUAGCCAGUUAGAUACAGCCCCAAUACAGUGAUGCGAAGUGACAAGCUGACAAGUUCGUACCAGAAACAGAGCUACUGUAACAUUGGAGUUUUCCUCCGUGGCGUUAGCUGAAGUUGGCCAAGUGGACGAAAAGCGACUCAGAGUUGGCUCGUUUCCUGUUGGACCUCACAAGAAGCAAGGCGGGAAGGAGAGAGAGAGGGCAGAGGGGGAGGAAGGUGUAGGGAGGGGGAGGGAAGCAAAGAGGUACUUCGGCAUUUAGAGGCAGUAUUCCAACAUUCCAGGAUUCCAGCAUUCCAGUAUUCCAGCAUUCCAGGAUUCCAGCAUUCAUGCUAAUUUUGCAGAUGUCCCCUGCCUCACUCACACCUGAGCACAGUUUAGCUACACCUGUCACUAUUAAAAUCAGAGACUCAGGUAUAAUAAACCACAGCGACAGACACAAGAAAAACACAAGAGACUGCUGGACAGAGAGACAGAUAGAUAUCGGACAGAGAGACAGACAGAAGAAGACAGAGAGACAGACAGACGGGUGGACAGAGAGAGACAGACAGACACACAGAGAGACAGACAGAGGGAAACAGAGAGACAGACAGACAGGUGAACAGACAGACAGAUAGAGAUCAGAGAGGAUGCUGGGACAGCGGGGCGGGUCGGGAGGUCGUGACUGGGUGACGCUGGUGUCCGGGCUGGUGGAGUGCCUGUGUUUCGCCGGGGUGGUGUUCGGCUGGGCCUCCCUGGUGUUCAUCCUGAAAGCGGAGGGCUACUUCAGCGACUUCUGCCUCAACACCACUGGAGCCAACAGCAGCGUUCUCACAGAUUGCAGUGGUCAGGAUGAGCAGUUCUCCCUGGUCUUCACCGUUGCCUCCUUCUUGAACAACUUCAUGACGCUGGCCAAUGGCUUCUUAUUUGACCGCUUCGGCACCAUGGCAGCCAGAUUCUUGGCCAUAUCUCUCCAUACCACUGGCACACUGAUGGUUGCUUUUUCUACUGCAGUGAUAUCCACUUUGCUCUUCCCUGCUCUGUCCUUCAUCACCAUUGGAGGGAUGUUACUGCUCAUCACAAACAUACAGGUGGGGAACCUGUUUGGCUCUCAUCGCUCAACUGUCAUCACCCUGUACAAUGGAGCCUUUGACUCUUCCUCUGCGGUCUUCCUCAUUAUCAAGGUGCUGUAUGAAAGAGGGAUUUCUCUGCGCUCCUGCUUCCUCUUCAUGUCGGCCUGCAGCGUCAUCCACCUCCUCCGAACUUUCCUUCUCCUGCCCAAGACUCACAUCCCCUAUCCACUGCCUGAAGACUACACUUAUGGGCUGAGCUGCGGCACAUCCGGGAGCCACAGCGUGGAGGGGGCUGGGCGGGCGGGAGGAGCAGACAGCAAGCGGAGCGAGCCCCAGAGCGACAGCGUGCCCUUCCAGCCUGAAGACAAACCACCGUCCCAGACCUCAGAGGAGAGAGGUGUGCCCCCCAGUCCUGCCCCCUACCUCCACCAGACCUGCCCCUUAGCUCCACCAGACCAGCCCCCUACCUCCACCAGACCUGCCCCUUAUAUUUGGCCUGUGACUGGAGCCCACCUGCUCUCCCUCAUGCAGCUCAGACACUACCUGUUCAUUGGGACUCUGAACCCCAUGCUGACCCGCCUGGCGGACGGGGACCCCUCCCUAGUGAGCAGGUACACCAAUGCCUUUGCCUUUGCACAGCUGUGUGGGGUUCUCUGUGCACCGUGGAAUGGACUCAUCCUGGACAGAAGCAAAGGGAAGCAGCGAGCUCCAGGAGAGACAGAGAAGGAGGCUGACCUGCGCUCCUCUGCUCUCUCCCUCUUUAUCACCUCCCUCCUGUGCCUCCUCUUCUCCAUCUGCGCCUCCAUUUCAGUGCUCCCUCUGCAGUACCUCACCUUCGCCCUGCAGGUCAUCAGUCGCUCCUUCCUGUAUGGAGGCAAUGCAGCCUUCAUCAGCAUUGUGUUCCCUGCUCACCACUUUGGGAAGCUGUACGGUCUGGUCAUGACCCUGUCAGCUGUGGUGUCCCUGCUCCAGUACCCCUGUUUCGCCCUGGUCAAGGGGCUCUUCCAGGGGGAUCCCCUUUAUGUGAACAUCGGCCUGACUCUUCUCACCCUGCUGACCUUUGCUCAUUCCCUGUACAUGCACCUGCACUGCCGAGCUCGAGCCGCACAGAGAAGGGCUGUGCGGGGCAGCAGCGCCGGCCGUCCUGCGGACGAGCUCAAACUAAAGGGGCCGGAGGACUCAGACUAGGCCAUCGGGGGCAGGGAGGCUCAGACUAGGCCAUCGGGGGCAGGGAGGCUCAGACUAGGCCAUCGGGGAGGGAGGCUCAGACUAGGCCAUCGGGGAGGGAGGCUUAAUGGAGGCUGUGCAGCAGACCAGAGUCACCCAACCCUGGGGACACGGUGAGGAUGAAUUACCCCAGUACAGUUUAGUCACCAGUAUAUUAAUCACUGUGCAUACCUGACAGUACUGGCAGUGUAUGAUAUCCUUGCAUGGACGGGGGAUGCUUUUAUCUUGCAUUUCUCUCGUUUUAAGGGAACAACACUCAAUUUGAGAGGUUCUUAAGAAUUCUUCAGGACAAGAACAAGCUUAAGUUUACAUUUUUAAGAGUAAACAAGAUAAUAAUCACAAGUAUUAAACUUGAGUUUUUAAAAGUUAGAAGCUGUGAGCCCUGUGAGGUGGUACUUCCUGGAGCUGUGAAUUUAGAGAGGCGUUUGGGUGGUCAGUGGGAACACCACUAUUCUACACGGCUAAGAUACAACCAAGAAUGUCCACAACACUUCACAGGUACCAGAGUCAUACAAAGCCCAUUCUCACUGCUGUAUGCCAAUCAGAAGCCUUCUUCCUCUUUAAAAACCCAUGUCACUUCCUGGUUCAUUCUUUUACUCUCUGUUUUGCUGUUGGCCUGCUGUGAUUGUCUUGUAUAGCAUUAUUGUACUGCAGUUGUCUCAAGCUGCCAACUUUGUGUGUUUGUGUGGUAUGUGGAACUGGACUAGGUAAGGGGCCCUACACAUUUUGCUACAUGUAGGUAUUUAAUUGUCUAAAAACCUUAGGUUAGGAGUGGAUGCCACCUCCUGUAUGUUUAGUUUUGGGUAGUUAGGGUAGUUAAUCAAAAGUAGGGUUUUUUGUUUGAACUUUACUUUUAUUAGAUAGUUAGGCAGUUUACACCUAUUGAGUUAGCUUGGUUUGAGUUUACUUUGUUCUUUCUUUUGGCAUCGCUCAUCCGGUUCCUUUGAAUGAGUGUGAGAAUGCAACCAGCAGUGCAUCUUUGUAAAUAGUGUAAAUACCCAUUGUAAAUUCUACCUUCUUGUAAAUAUUUUCACUGGCACUUUGUCACUAAACUUAUUUCACGUA